AUGAUCGAGAUCUUCCCAAGCAUCUUCCUACAAGCUACAAGCACCCUCGGCCUAUUGACCAUUUGCGGGGCUUUAUAUCGACUUAUCGACUUUCUCUUAUUUCAUUUCACAGUUUCUCAAGAUCCCCUUGCAGCCUAUAGGCCCGCUCUCCCUUCGCAUGGUAGGUCUGACAGACCAAAACCUUAUGCACUGAUCACAGGAUCUAGCGGAGGGAUUGGCUUCGGUCUUGCGGAGUCGUUAGUGCGACGUGGGUUCGGGGUCAUCUUGCUUUCGAACGACGAAGUCGGUCUUCAGUCUGCAAAACAAAAACUAUCAAGGGAGUGCCCGAGCUGUACAUCUUCGGUAGAACUUGUAUAUCUCGAUGCCGUCAGGGCCUCAGUGGAAGACAUCCAAAGCCGAAUAAUCAACAAUUGCAUCAAGCCUAAGAAUCUGGCCGUCACGAUCUUGAUCAACAAUGUUGGCGGUGUGCCAAUGCCAUUGCCUCUAUUCAGGAUUUUCACUGAGUAUGAGUCAAAAGGCAUUGACGACAAUAUCAGUCUGAAUGCUCGAUUUAUGGCCCAAGUAACACGCGUCAUGGUGCCUACACUAUCCGCAUCAUCAGCUCUUUCGACUUCACCAAGAUCGAAUCGAUCACUUAUAUUGAACAUGAGCUCCGGCGCACGAUCCGGCAUACCUUGGCAAAGCAUAUACAGUGCAACAAAAGCAUUCAACGCUGCCUUUAGCAUGAGCAUUGCACGCGAGUUCAAAGCCACCGGCGUACCAAUUGACUGCAUUGCCGUGGUUCCCGGUGAUGUGCUUACCGACUCGAACUAUACAGGACUUGGAGCCUGGAGUCCCAACGCCAAUCAAUUUGGAGAAAUGCUUCUAAAUCGAGUCGCUGGUGCUGUGGGUCGACGUCGGUUAUGGAUGAGUCCAUAUUGGUUGCAUGCAAUUCAGAUCGCUAUCAUGGAAUGGAUCCCUGAACCCAUUUUAUGCAGCUUAUUGGCUGAUAAAAUGCUUGACAAGAAAAGGAUGUUUGCGAAGGAGGCUCAGAAGCAAAAAUGA